AUGGUGACCGGCGUCGAGACAGCAGGCCUCGUCCUAGGCUCGAUUCCUCUGAUCCUAUCAGGCCUUGAAUUCUACGCAAAUGGAAUUGCCGUUACUAAGCGCUACUGGAGAUAUCGCGAAGAAUUCAGGAGCCUUAUCAUCGAGCUCCGAACAGAGCACACAAUGUUUGUUAACAGCAUUAACAUGCUGUUAAUAGGGGUUGUGAAGCAAAAAGAGAUGGAGGAAUUCCUUGCAGAUCCAUGUGGCGAGCAUUGGAAGGAGAAGAAGUUCGACCUGAAGCUACAGCAGCGCCUUGGCACGAGUUACGAGUCAUAUGUGGACACUAUUACUCAGCUCAAUAGCACGACGGACGUCUUCAAGCAGAGACUGAAAUUGGAUGCUUUUGGGAAGCCGCAAUUCACCGCGGAAACGGCCUUCAAAGAACACUACAAGCGACUCAAAUUUAGCUUGAAUAAGGCCAACUACAGCGAUUUGAUGAAUAAGCUUCGACAAGCAAACUCGUCGCUCCACCGGAUGACCACCCAAACCAUGUCCCUCGAAACCCUGCAGGCUUCAUGCAAGCCUGACCGCCGAGCAAUACCUAAGUUCCAUGUAGUUAAUGAUCGAGCACAUGGUUUCUACUCUGCACUGCGUUCUGGCUGGAAAUGCUCAUGUCAUGUGGACCAUACCGUCAGCCUUCGUUUAGAGCCACGGAUGGACGACAUACCAAGCGAUGACGACGAUGAGAGCGAAGAAGGAUAUAUGCGGGAUCCUUUUCAUGUUGUGUUUCGCUAUGGUCAUCACCCCCCGAAAGGCCCAAAUAGCCCCACGCCUACCACGCAACCCUGGAACUGGGAAGAGGCUGAUGUACAAAUAACUAUCAAAAACCAGAGCUCUAUGGCGUCAUAUAGCAAAGAUUGUAGAAAAGUGCGAUUCGCAAACCAGGCGAAGAAAGCCGUCAAGGCGGCUUUGGAUCCAAAUCCGAACUUGCAACCUAUUCAAGAUUUGUGCGCAGCAAUUAGCACCCUGCAAAAGCCACAAGGCGAUGUCUGCUUCUCGCUCUUGGCAUCUGAGUACGCUAAGCAGAAGUAUGGAAUUCUCAUCUACCCCUUGAAGGAGCCGCGUUCGGAUACUGAAUCCUGGUCUAUCUCAUCCCUUCGAAGUGUGCUAGAAGAACCUGAAUCUAGAUUCGCCCGUCGCGACCGCCUCCAGCUAGCUAUCACCCUCGCGUCCAGCGUCUUGCAGCUCCAUGAAACCCCGUGGCUCGAUGAGGACUGGGGAAACGACAAUAUAUUCUUCAUCAGAACGUUAGACAAGACUAUAUACGAUCAUCCGUUCGUCUCUCGGCACUUCAACCUAACGAAUGUACCCUCAUCAAAAACAUUCCCGGCAUCGAUGGGCAGAAUCAUCCGGAAUCGGACUCUGUACGCGCUAGGCAUAUCUCUCAUCGAGCUCUGGUACGGCAAACCGCUUCCUGAACUCUAUAAACCAGAGGAUGGACCACAGGGCACUGGAGACCCACGCAUCGAUCUCAUGACUGGGUGGAACACAGCUGAUCGGCUUGUGGAUGAGCUGUACAGCGAGGCAGGGGGGAAAUAUAGUGACGCAGUACGAAGGUGUAUCCGAUGCGACUUUGAUCGCCGUUCAAGCAGCCUUGAGGAUGCCGCAUUCCAGAGGGACGUCUACCAGGGUGUAGUGGCGCAACUCCAGGAAAAUUUCGACUUCCUGUAUUGA